UCCAAUCUCAAUCCGCGUCAAGGUAAAUAUAUGAAAGAAAAAUUUUGCUUCCACUUUUAUUGCUGAUGCAUAUUAUAUUGCAUUAAAAUGUUAGUGACAAAUAAUUCCAAUUUUUUUUUGGCAGAUUUCGCAGAGUUUAUCUCAGUCUUACAUAGAAAAUGUUCCUCUUUUUAAGGGCUGUUCCUCGGAAUUCAUAAGUCAAGUUGUAAGUAAUUUCUUUUGGUAUCAUUCAUUCAAUCCUUCACAGAAAGUUCAUAGUGUAUGGCCUUUGAAAUGCAAUGCUUCUUCACACCUUUCUGCUUGCUUUUGACUGCGCUACAAUUGCAAUUGAAGAAAACUAGAUGACUGCAUAUUUACUGAUUUGGGGUACUGUUGAAUUUUGGCAGGUAACCUCGAGUCCACGAAGAAUUUUUCCUCCCCGGAGAAGUGAAAAUGGAACAAGGGAAUGUAGUAGACCAGCUUUAUUUUGUCUGUCAUGGCGUUCUGGAGGAGGUUGGUAUAUAGUGGCACUUCUUGAACCUAACAGCUCAUUCGGAGAUAUUUCCAUUGUUUGCAACCUUCCUCAACCAUAUACAGUUCGUGUUUGCCAACUUUGUAGGCUCAUACGUAUUGAUAAGCAGUCAUUUUCCAAUAUUCUGGAGAUUUAUUUUCAUGAUGGAAGAAGAAUCUUGAGUAAUUUACUACAGGUAAGGGAAAUGAGACUCAACCUUACUACUGCAAAUUUAGAAGUCGUUUUUUCACUCAUAUAACUAUCUGGUUUAGUUCAUCAACAACGAGAUCAAUUUACUUACAACAAUACGAUACUUAGUUAACAUUCAUAAAAAGCAUCUAAUGAAUUAUGAGUUCGACCCGUCCCAUACAAUCCACCUUUUUUCUAUCUUGGUAUGUGUAGCAUAAUAAAAUGGCAAGGAACAAACUUCUGAAUUAGCAUCCUGAGAUUCUAAUUUUCUUGACUGGUUAUUAUAAUUCCUAGACUGUAACGGCCAAAGAAGCAAAGAAUCCUCUGCUGGAAGAUUAGAACAGAGCAAGCUACAAGACCAAGCUGCAGGCAGUAAUCGAAGAGCAGCCAAGUUCAUGAUCAAGUUCAUUGCUCUACGCAAACAACUAUGGUACUAUGAGAACAAAUCUGCUCUCUGGUUUAAGAUAAAAAUAAAUUUGGUCAUUCACGAAUUUUUUUCAAACACCCUAAACAAUAGAGAAGACAGAAAUAUAAUAUAUAAGAAACCAAAUAGAAAUGGUAAUUCAAUGAAGAAUUUUCUCAAACACCUAAAGAACAAAAGCCAUUGAUAUACAGAUAAAGAUGAAUCAAAGAGAUAUAAAAGGGAUACUCACCAGAAAAUACGAUUGAUGGAAGAAAACACACUCAAGUGCAAACUUAAGAACAGGAGGAGAUAGAGAGCAGAUGUUCGAGAUGGCGCUAGAGACGCAGGUGUUACUUCUCCGGAAGUGUUAGAUUGAGG